ACAUUUUUGGGCCUGAAAUGUUGUGAGUACGACAAUCUGGCAGCAGUCGUGGCGGCGGUGGCUGCCUGCCAUGUAAACAAAGGAGCCAGGAUGCUGCCGCCGAGCCUCCUCCUGCUGCUCCUUCUGUCCGUGAGCCAAGCCAUUGACCUGACGGGAGGUUUCUUUAAGCCUCGUCCAUAUCAUCCCAACCUAAAAUAUUAUGAGUUGAUUGACUCAUCUGCCUUCAAGCAUCAUAUUGUGAAGAGAGGAACAACAGAGAGCACUCAUCGUUUCAAUAAAAUCAAAGAAGUGGAGUUUAAUGCAUUAGGAAGAGACUUUAGGCUGAUCCUCAAUCCUCGGAAAGGGCUCCUUCAUCCCCAGUUUAAGGCAUUUGCCGUCGAUGGUUCUGGUAAUGAGCGAAUCAUCCAUGUUGACCAUGAGAACUUUUAUGAAGGCCGUGUGUUUGGAGAGAAGACGUCAGAGGUGUCAGCACACUUGGAGGAUGGCAUCAUGACUGCUACCAUACACACACCUGAUGAUACUUACCACAUUGAGCCAUCAUGGAGACACACACCUGACACCAGUGAAGAUUCCAUGGUCGUUUAUCGAGGGUCAGAUGUAAAGUACAGUUGGGAGGAUAAGAAGCCCAUGUGUGACUAUAUCAAAGAAGGAAAUGAGACAACAGAAGCAGAGGAUGAGGAUGAAUGGAUUGAAGAUAAUGACCCUUUUGAUGAGGGUAUUGUAGAUAUUCUGAAUGAGCAAAUUCAGAGAGCAAAGCGCAGAGUCAAGAGACAGCAGGCAGAGGCAUACAACUUUAAUGGAGAGAAAACACGCUGUCCCCUGUUGUUAGUGGCAGAUUAUCGCUUCUUCAAGGAGAUGGGUGGAUCCAACUACAAGACUACCGUCAACUACCUGAUUAGUCUGAUUGACCGUGUGGACAAAAUCUACAAGAACACUUCAUGGAGAGAUGCAAAUGACAAAGGAGAUUUUUCUGACAUGGGAUUUGUAAUUAAGAAGAUCCUUGUGCACCAAGAGUGGUCUCCAGUAACUACCAAUCAAGUUCACUACAACAUGGAUAGAACCUCAUGGGAUGUCCGCAACCUGCUAGAGGUCUUUAGCCGUGAGUACUCUCACAAGGAUUACUGCUUGGCUCAUCUCUUCACCGACAUAAAGUUUGAAGGGGGCAUCCUGGGUUUGGCUUAUGUAGGUUCUCCUCGCAGGAACUCUGUGGGAGGAAUCUGCACUCCAGAGUACUUCAAGAACGGUCACACCCUGUACCUGAAUUCCGGCCUUAGCUCCUCCAGGAAUCACUAUGGGCAGCGUGUCAUCACCCGUGAGGCUGACCUGGUCACUGCUCAUGAGUUUGGUCAUAAUUGGGGCUCAGAGCAUGACCCUGACCGGCCAGAGUGCAGUCCCAGUGCCAGUCAGGGAGGCUCGUACCUCAUGUAUACCUACUCAGUAUCAGGGUAUGAUAUAAACAAUAAGAGGUUCUCUCCAUGCAGUCUUCGAGCAAUCCGCGCUGUACUGAUGGCCAAGUCCUCCCGUUGCUUCACAGAACCCGAAGAGUCUUACUGUGGUAACCAGAGGGUUGAGGGACAGGAAGAGUGUGAUGCAGGACUUGUAGGCCAAGAUGAUAUAGAUAUGUGUUGUGACAAAAACUGCAAACUUAGACCCCAGGCUAAAUGCAGUGAUCGCAAUUCUCCUUGCUGCCAAAACUGUCAGUUCAUGAAUCAAGGAGUUAAGUGUAGAGAGAAGCAGCCAGCCACAUGUGAAAAUGAGUCCAGAUGUCUGGGUACAAAGGCAGAAUGUCCCAAAGCUAAGCCAAUGGAGGAUGGAACAGCCUGUAUAGAGAAAGGGCAGUGUCUUCAAGGAAACUGUCUUCCAUACUGUGAGACACAAGAUAUGCAGAGCUGCAUGUGUGACACAAUUGAGGAUGCAUGUAAAAGGUGCUGCAGGAAGACACUUAAUGACACCUGCUUCCCUGUCACGCCUGUGGAUAUCCUGCCAGAUGGCACACCAUGCAUCCAGGGCUUCUGUAAUAAGGGAAAGUGUGAAAAAACAGUUCAAGAUGUGGUGGAGCGUUUCUGGGACAUCAUAGAAGACAUUAAUAUCAACACUGUUUUGAUGUUCCUUCGAGACAACAUUGUAGGGACAGUCAUCAUCAUCUCUGUUAUAAUCUGGGUACCAGCAUCCUGCAUAUUUAGCUAUGUGGACCGCCGACGCAAAGAAGAAUAUCACAAGUAUGUACGCUGGUAUUAUAGUAAUGAAUUGAUUCACCCAACUGACCUGGUACGAAUCAUUGAUAGCAAGCGAAGGCGUGUACAUGAGUCAAACAGAGUCCAGGAAUGCAACAAUAGAGUCAUGGACUCGAGUGGGAGACCUCACGACCAAGGGACACGAGUCCAUGACAUUCGAGAACCUCCUGAAGGUGCCAAAAGUCGACAGGCACUUAAUACACCUCAAUGUACACCGGUUUCUCAGCAUUACACAAGUGCUAUGUAGAGAGGUAGUAGUUCAAGUGACACAGGGUAUUUUCUAACUCUUGUAGACAUCAUCGUACAAGGUUUAAACAUCAAUGAUUAAAUUAAUAUUACUUAGCAAUUUUCGUGGUGUAGAUUUUGAUCAUUAUUGACUAAGCCAGUAAUGAGCAGAUUAUUCAUGAGAUAAACUUAUUGAAGGAUAUAUACAAGCCCUGAGCAUUAAUUUUAAAAACAAAGAAAAUCAGUUAUGUUCACUAAAUACUUAUCAAGUGAGGGACAAUACAAAGACAAAACAAAUUAUCCAGAAGAAAUAUAUGAUUGUUCCCUUUAACUCCUGGCUCAGUGCAUUUAAUUAAGCUAUUUUGUUAGGAGCUGUUUUUAGAUGACUCAGUGCACUUAAUUAAGCUAUUUUGUUAGGAGCUGUUUUUAGUAUGGACUGAUGUAAUAUGACAUUGUUAAUUUCUAUAAGUAAACUCAUGUAUUAUGAAAUAGUUUGGCAACUAGCAGAAGUAUUUAAUUAAUAUAUUUUCUGCCUGAUGCCUUAUUCCCUUACAGGUUGGUCAUUAGCAAAAUUCUUCCAUCUCACCCUCUCCUCUGUCAUCAGCAUUCAUAAAACUAACCCCUUUCCACUCAUUUUUUUCCACUCCAAACUUUUACCUCAUCAUUGGCCUACCUCUAUCCCUUUCACCCUCCACCUCGCUCUCAUAGACUGUCAAUCUCCCAUCAUGCAUCCUCUCCAUAUGACAACCAUCUUCAGUUAUUUAUUUUUAUACUUUACACAUUCCUACCACAUCACACCGCCUACAUUAAUCUACAUUACACAUAACCCCCCACAAGUAGCUUGUUUACAUAGUUAUUGAUGUGUCUGUCAAGCACUUGCCCACAUCUCACGCCCCAUCUGCCAGUGUUGGUAUCAUUAUGCUAUUGCACAGCAUCUACUCAAUUCCAUUGCUAACUCUUCUAUCUGCUCUCUUUGCGGUUACACCUAUACCAAAAUUCUCAUACAAAUUUUCAUUAACAUUCAUAAUAUGCCACACAUCUUAUAUUGCACAUUUCCACUGCCCUUAUUCCUGAUUGCUGUGCUGCAUUCCGUGUCCAUGUCUCUGAUGCAUAUGACAGUUGGGAGAACAAUGCUUUUUCUUAUACCCUUCUUUACCCCCCAUGCUCUCAUUAUAUCCUUUCAUAACUUUCCAGCACACCAUUACACUUACUAACUGUCUGCCCUUCAGUGCUUUCUCCCUAACCUCUCUCUCCCUGCUUUCAUACUAACAGAAAUCUGUCCUUAUGUACUUACAUUUUAAAAAUUCAUCUUCUCUCCCCCCAGCCAGGUCUUACAUUGUCAUGCUUUGUGCCCUAACUGUAUGCCUUUGCCCUUCCAGAUACCAUAUACCUUACUUAUUACAACUAUUCUCAACUUUCUCCUUUUCAGAAACUUAAAUUAACCCAUAAUCCUCUGCAGCGUUCUUUCCUAGUUUUUUUUUUUUUUUUUUUUUUUAAUAGGCCGCCUUCAUAAACUACACUGUAUCUCUUCAGCUUGCACCUACAUCAUUCUCUGCCUUUCAUUUCUUUUAUACAACCAUCCGUGUAAAUAUUGAACAAUGACAUCACACACCCCUGUCUCACUUCCACACCAAUACCAAAAGUAUCACUCGGCUCCCCAUUCAUGUUAACAGAGGCACUUGCAUCCUUAUAAAAAGACCUAAUUCCUACCUGUAAAUGCCUUUUAAUGCCAUAUAUCCUCAAAACAUCCUAUAAACCCUGUAGAUUGUAGUAUUCUUGUCACCACAUUUUGCAUCCUCUCUAAGUUUCUUAGGUAUUUCUCGAUGCAUGGUGUCCAAAUCACUGUUUAAUAUUUUAUUGCAGAUCUUACCUUGGACACUGCGUAUUAUCUGAAUAGUAGAAUGCUAUUUUGAUGUAUAAUGUUUGCAUGAUCUUUCUGUGAUCAUAUCUGUUUUUUUUCUGGUGAUGGAUUGUCUUGUAUUAUCACCCCCAAGUCCUUUAUUAAUGCUCUUCAUUCCCCAUCUUUUAUUUCCAGCUUGAUCUUUUACUCUCAUCUCAUAAAUGUUACAAUUUUUGGGAUUAAAUUCCAUUUUCCAAAGCUGGUUCCAUUCUAUCAGUUUGUCAAGAUCACUUCAAUUUCUUAAAGCAGUAAUUUUCUCAAUUCAUCUAAUGAUCUUAUUUAGCUGCAAAGAAAGAGACUUUUACAUAGAUAUUCAGACCACACAGACCUAUAAUCCAGAUUAGAUGGUUUGUUCUUAAAUCUAAAUAAAACUAAAAUAAAUCAAAUGCCAUAAUGGCUAACAAGACUGCAUUUCUGCCAAAGUAUGGGAUUUAGGUUCAAAGUUGAAAGUGAGAGGGUACAGAGUAGUUUAUGAAGGAAGGCUUAUUCAAAUAAAAUACAUUGUUUAGGUAGAAAAUUAAGCAGUGCUACAGAGGAUUAUGGGUGAAUUUGAAAGGGUCUGUAAAAGGAGAAAAUUGGAAAUAAGUGGAAGAAGUAAGGUAUUUGGAAGGGCAAGAGAGCAGACCACUGAUUUUUUGAAAGCCAUACAGUUAUGACACAGAGCAUGACAGUGUAAGACCUGGUUGGGGGAAGAGAAGAUGGAGGAUUUUUUUGUCAAUUGAAGUACAUUGGGAGACCUUUAUGUUAGCAUGAAAGCAUGGCGAGAGAGGUUAGGGAGAGAGCAUUGAAAGGCAAACAGGUAAUGGGUGCACUAGUGCAUUGAACAUUGGGGUAAAGAAGGGUAUAAGAAAUAGCAUUCUUCUCCCAACUCUGGCACAUGCAUUAGAGGCAUGGAAUGCAGCAUAGCCAUCCAGAAUAUAUGCUGUGAAAGAAUGUGAGUUUGUGUGUAUGUGUAAUUCACCAUGGCUUGAUCACGUGAUGGCUUCGCAAUCGCCAGCUCAUACCAUCCCUGAAUAAGUUCAGGGCUCACAAGUGAUGGAUCUCUGGAUAUGGCUGAAACCUCACUCCCACACACUCCUGGGAGGCGGGACACAACCCAUGAGUUACACCUGGUACCCAGUUACUACUGGGUGGACAUGGGGCACAGAUUAAAGGGGACUGCCCAUCCAGUUCUACCCCAUUCAGGAAUCAAACCUGGGACCUCCCUCUCAAUUGUAAGGCGACUGAGCAAAUCAUUGCACUAUGGAGCUCCAUGUGUGUGUGUGUGUGUGUCAGAAUAAUUUAGGUGUCCCUCAUUUUAUUUGCAUGAAGUUCUUUGUUCAUUUAUCAUAAUUUCUGUCUCUAUUCACAGAUAGCUGUAUUUAUUUGCAUCCAACUUUUUCCCAUCUUAAAUUAUUAUUUUCAGCUGUCUGCAUUAUUUUUCUUUUGUCCACCUUCAGGCAGUAUGAAGAAUAUAGAGAAUUUAUUGAACGCUGGAGGAGAAGAGUGGAUGGUCAUGGUUUUCCCCGUACCAAAAGAACCACCAGAUUUGCAGAUGUUGUUGAUGAGGCCACAACCUGUCUCCUAGCAAGCACCUCUAC